AUGGUUCCCUCGCGUUCGUUCCACUCGCUGGAAAACUUGUCCCUGGCGGACAGAGUUCUCUUCAACCAAUUCAGCAGAGGACCGAGCGAUGUGAUACCCUACCACGUCGUCCACCACGCCUUCGAGUCCAUCGCGGCAGCACAUCCUGACGCCACGGCUGUCCGAAACUACGAUGGCACGACCAUCACAUACCGGGAGCUCAACCGCAGGGCCAACGUGCUCGCCAACGAGCUCAGAGGAACAUACGGCCUCAGGAAAGGAGACCGUGUAGUCCUCGUCUACUCUCGCUGCAUCGAAAUGGUCGUCUUCAUCUUUGCUGUUCUCAAGGCUGGUGGUCAGUAUGUCCCUCUCGAUGGUGGCAUCAUCCCCGAAGACACACUCGGCUACGACAUUGUCGACUCCAACGCGCCGGUUGUGCUGUGCCUUCCCAAGUUCAGGGAGAAGGUGCUGCGCAGCAUCCCCUCUGAAAGGCAGGACCUUGUCAGGGUGGUUGACCUCGACGGGAACAGUUGGCUGUGGAAGCACGGCAACAAUGGACACCCCGGUGUCAUUGUCAAGCCAGGGGAUGGAGCCUACGUGAUCUACACCUCGGGCACUACCGGGCGACCCAAGGGAGUGGAUGUGAGACACGAGGGCGUUACCAACACCCUUCUAGCGGAGCCUUCCAAGCUGGGCAUCCGCGUCGGAAAGAACGUAGCGCAACAGUUGAACGUCGGGUUCGAUAUGUGCGCGUGGGAGAUUCUCGGCACGAUGAUGAACGGAGGAACACUUCACAUCAGAGGCAGCGGCAAUGAUCUCUGGACGGAUUGCCUGCAGCGUGUCGACACUGUCAUCGCGACACCAUCCGUGGUCCUCAAGCAUAUGCCCAGGCGUGAGGACUUCCCCAACAUCAGGACCAUUGCAGUCGGCGGCGAGCCCUGCCCAUUGGCCCUCGCCGAGCAGUGGGCGCCCUUCGUCAAGUUCUGGAACGUAUGCGGUCCUACCGAAAUCAGCAUUCUCAACACCGCGCAUCUUCAUAAGCCGGGCAAGACUUUGUCGAUUGGCAAGCCUAACCCCAACACCAACGUCUACGUUCUCGACGAAGAUGAGAACCCUGUCAAGAUUGGCGAACCUGGCGUCAUGUGGGCCGGCGGCCCAGGCGUUUCUAGGGGGUAUCUCAACUUGCCGGAGUUGACGGCACAAAGAUAUAAGGUCGACAAGUUCGCAAAGGAUGGUCGUAUGAUGUUCAACACUGGCGACCUCGCCCGCUGGCUCGAAGACGGUAGCUUGGAGCCCCUCGGCCGAAAAGACGACCAGGUCAAAAUUUCUGGUUUCCGCGUCGAGCUCGAUGGCGUCUCUCGCGCUAUUGAAAAAUGCCCUGGCGUUGUCAAGGGAUGUGCGCUGAAAAUCGACGAUCGUCUGUGGGGCUUCUACUCUGCCCCUGCGCCGAUCGACGAAGCUCAGCUGAAGACUGUCGUCGGCGAGGGCCAACCGUUCUACGCCGUCCCGACCGUCUGGAAGUACCUCCCCAUCAUCGAGCUAACCCCCAACGGCAAGGUCGACAAGCGGGCCCUCCGCGACAUCGCCUCCGGCGCGGCCCAGGUUCCGCCGCCGCUGCCUCUGGCCGAUAUUCCGACGGGCAUGUCAACGCCCCAGGAAUCGUCGAGCGCCUCGUCCAUCAAGACGGCCGUAAGCCCUACCAGCGAAGGCGGUUUCACCCUCGUGGACUCUCGCACCUUCACCGUCGUCGACUCUCAGAGAAACAUCGACCUGGAGAAGACAGCCGCAUUCGUCGAGGAGGAGGCCGAGAAGGAGGAACAGGAGUACGAGCUCCCUUCCAAGAAGGGCUUCCACGGCUGGAGAUGGAUCCGCCACCGCGGACUCAACGCCUACCGCAAGCUCUUUGGCGUCAUCUUCGUCUCCAACCUCGCCGUCUUUGUGUGGAUGCUGUACGAGAGCCGCAACAGCAACUUCUCCCUGCCCCUGAACCACCUGGCCACCGCCGUCGCCGCCAACCUCCUCGGCGCUGUCCUCCUGCGCCAGGACUACGUCGUCAACUUCAUCUUCUGGCUCUGCUCCCGCGUGCCCACCUCCAUGCCGCUCGCCAUCCGCAGACACUUUGCGCGUGUCUACCACAAUGGCGGCGUCCACUCGGGCUGCGCCGUCUCUGCCACCGUGUGGUGGGUCAUCUUCACGGGCGCCGCAACCGGCAACUUCAUCGCGCCGCAGUCCCUCUACUCCGUCAACCUCCUCACUUUGGUCCUAACCUACCUCAUCCUGCUCCUUCUCCUCAUGAUUCUAGUCAUGGCCUACCCCACCAUCCGCGCCAAGAUGCACGACCAGUUCGAGUGGACGCAUCGCUUCGCAGGCUGGUCCGCCCUCGCCCUCGUAUGGGCCCAUGUCAUCGCGACCGCAGCCUCUAUGUCCGUCGAACCCCUCGGCCCGGCUCUGGCCAAGACCCCCGCGCUCUAUCUCGUGGCCCUCACCUCACUCAGCAUCGCGCUCCCUUGGAUGCGACUUCGCCGUGUCAAAGUCGUCCCCGAGCCGCUCUCCAAGCACGCCGUCCGCCUGCACUUUGACUUCUGUACCCCGGGACCAUGCACCUCGCGCGGCGUCCGCAUCACGGAUAGACCCAUGGUCGAAUGGCACGCUUUCGCCGCCAUCCCUGAGCCGAGCGGCAAGGGCUUCUCCAUCGUGGUCUCCAAGGCCGGCGACUGGACCAAGCGCAUCAUCGAGAACCCGCCCACCUCGAUCUGGACACGCGGCACACCCGCCUCCGGCGUCCUUGCCGUCGCGCCCCUCUUCAAGAAGAUGGUCCUCGUGGCAACGGGCUCCGGUAUUGGACCCUGUCUGCCUGUUCUCAUGGAGCGUCGGGUCCCCGCACGCGUCGUUUGGUCGACGAAGAACCCGCUCAAGACGUACGGCCAGGGCGUCAUGGAUUUGAUUCUCAAGGCGGACCCAGACGCGUUGAUUUGGGAUACGGAUGAGCGCGGUAGGCCUGAUUUGGUGCAGUUGGCGUAUAAUGUGUAUAAGGAGAGCGGGGCCGAGUGUGUUGCGAUUAUUUCCAACGGGCCUACUGUGAAUAAGUUUGUGUAUCGGAUGGAAGCGAGGGGGAUUCCUGCGUUUGGACCGAUUUGGGAUUCAUGA